UUUUAGAGACCCCAUUUUCCGUGUAUUGGGUUUUGAGUGGCUGCUUGAGUUCAAAAGCAUCAUUCUCUGUUUUGGGUGACUGUACGAUGCAGAUUGGAUGCGAUUUGGAUGAAGUUUAGCCUCCAAUUUUGUUGUGGAGAGUUAAAGCUGAAGUCUUUCUCAGAAACUUCACCAUUCGGAUUCGCUUGAGUGGGCUAUCGGAUUUGAUUUGCGCUACAGUGGCUGUUGCCUGUGCAUUGGUGAAUCAGUCGGCGCGAACAGGGUUUGGGUUUUUUUAAAAAAAAAUUCUGAGAUUUCUGCCCGGAUUUAUUGAUUCUGCAUUUUGCUCGCUGGCGUAGAGUUUACUAGUUUAGCUUUUUUUGGCCUGUAAAGUGUUUGAUGAUUGGUUUGCUUGAACUUUCCCGGACGCGUUUUAUUGAUUUGUUGUGAACUUGUGAAUUGUGAUGAAUGAAUGAUGGGGAGGGGAGGUUUAUUGAUUUGUUUGGGUGUUGAAUUGUCUAAAAACUUAGCUUGACUAGGAAUUGUUGAAUUAUUAUUGUGUGAACUUUAAUGCAUCUGAGAAAUGGUUAGAUUUGGUUAGGAUUGAUAGUGAAAUGUCUGGUAGUUCUUCUCCUAAUUCUGCCCCAUCACCUGUUCCACCAAUAGCCUCUACCCCACCACCGCAACCCUCACCUCCAAAAUCUCCGGCGCCGGACCCCUCUUCUCAGCCCAAUGCCAACGGUGGCACUCCUCCUUCUUUACCCCCACAGCCCCCUUCUGUGGCUAAUGUGACAUCUCCACCUCCAAUUUCAGUAUCACCACCCCCAAUGGCUUCAUCGCCGCCACCUAUAACAUCUCCACCCCCAACUAGUCCCCCACCUUCAAUAUCCAGUCCUCCACCUGCACCAUCUGACCCACCACCACCACCACCAUCACCGGUGGUGGUGGUGAACUCACCACCGCCUACGUCACCUGAUCCUCCAGUUAGUUCGCCUCCACCUUCAUCUAGUUUACCAUCUCCACCUCCUUCAACAUCUAAUCCUCCGGUUAGUUCACCGCCUCCUCCAGCUACUAAUCCUUCACCUAGUUCACCUCCACCCCGAGAGGAGCCCCCGAAAACUGGGGCUUCUCCACCGCCAAAGUCGCCUGUGAUUCCAACUCCACCAUCUACUCAGCCUCCAAAAAGUUCUCCGCCCCCACCACCAUCAUCUAGGCCGUCGGAAAAUUCCCCUCCGCCACCAACCGCUGAGCGGCCUAAAAGUUCAACUCCAACUCCACCUUCACCAUCUAAGCCACCCAAGAAUUCACCUCCAUCACCACCAAAAUCCAAGCCUCCUAGAAGUUCACCUUCUCCUCCAGAAUCAGAUCCUACAAAAGCUCCACCCCCUCUGCCUGCAUCAUCGGUACCCCCUAAUAACUCUCCCCAACCACCAAGUCCUGUACCUCCUCCACUUUCUUCAUCAGCACUUCAACCACCAGGAGUAGUACAAUUGUCACCUCCCCCAUCUCCUCCUUCAACCUUAGUUCCUCCAAAUGAACCUGCUGACAACAGUUCUACUAGCAAUGCCAGUGAUAGCCCCAAUUCCUCAGGUGGUGGGGGCAUUGGUACCGGAGGGACUGUAGCUGUUGGCUUAGUUCUUGGUCUUCUCUUGCUUGGUCUUGUUGGAGUAGUUGGAUGGUGCAUAUGGAAACGUAAGAAAAAGGCUUCUGUAGUCAAUGGUGGUUAUAUCCUGCCAACCUCUUUUGCCUCUUCUCCAAAAUCUGAUUCUGCCUUGUUAAAAGUGCAAGCAUUAACACAUGGUUUUGGAGGUGGUUCUGGCAGUGAGUUUGUCAAUUCACCAAGGGAACAUGGUGCAUUUGGCAAUUCACGGCCAUGGUUUACCUAUGAAGAACUAGUGGAGGCUACUAAUGGUUUUGCCGAACAAAAUCUUUUGGGUGAAGGUGGAUUUGGUGCUGUGUACAAAGGAUGCCUAGCAGAUGGGUCGGUGGUAGCAGUAAAGCAACUGAAAAUUGGUGGAGGUCAGGGUGACCGUGAAUUCAGGGCAGAAGUUGAAAUCAUAAGUCGAAUUCACCAUCGUCACUUGGUCUCUCUUGUGGGUUACUGCAUCUUGGAGAACAAAAGAUUGCUUGUUUAUGAUUAUGUUCCUAAUGACACCCUUCAUUUCCACCUUCAUGGGAAUGGGAGACCAGUUAUGGAUUGGCCAACACGUGUAAAGAUUGCCAUUGGUGCAGCUCGCGGAAUAGCUUAUCUCCAUGAAGAUUGUCAUCCACGGAUUAUCCAUAGAGAUAUCAAGUCUUCAAACAUUCUUUUGGAUAAUAACUUUGAAGCUCGGGUUGCUGAUUUUGGACUAGCUAAAUUAGCUUUGGAUGCAAACACACAUGUUACUACGCGUGUGAUGGGAACCUUUGGAUACAUGGCUCCUGAAUAUGCAUCAAGUGGCAAGUUGACAGAAAAGUCUGAUGUUUUUUCAUUUGGGGUUGUGCUUCUGGAGCUAAUAACGGGACGCAAGCCUGUCGAUACAUCUCAACCUUUAGGGGAAGAGAGCCUGGUUGAGUGGGCUCGACCUUUGCUGAGUCAGGCUCUUGAAACCGAGGAAUUUCAGCACCUAACAGAUCCAAGACUAGAGAAAAAUUAUGUCGAUAAUGAAAUGUUCAGAAUGAUUGAGGCUGCUGCAGCUUGUGUUCGCCAUUCUUCCACAAAAAGACCACGAAUGGGACAGGUUGUGAGAGCUUUUGAUAGUAUGGCCAUGUCGGACCUCACGAAUGGAAUGAGACUCGGUGAAAGUGAAAUAUUCGACUCCGCAGAACAAUCCGCGGAAAUAAGGUUGUUUCAGAGGAUGGCAUUUGGUAGUGGGAAUUACAGUACAGAUUUUUUGAGUCACAGUAGUUGGAAUAGUUGAUUCAUGGUAAAUACUGUUGAGGCAGUUACCGAAGUAUCGACCACUGGGCUUGCCCCUGCAAGUUCAUCUGUUGAUAAGUGGAUAACUAAACUCAAUUGCAAGGUACAUAUUUUUGUCUCUGAGAUCAAGCCCUGAAAUUAGAAUCUUGAACUUAGAUCCAUGAAUAGAUUUUGGAAGUAAUUUCCAUUUUUGCCUUUCUUAGACGAAUUCAUAUUAUUCUUUGCAGAGAUUUUUUCCUGUAAGUAGCUGAAAAUAUUCUUGUCCAUACAUUCAUUGUUUUACAAUAUAAUCCUUUUUUCCUUCAA